CCCCAUCCCCAUCGCUCAUCGUCUGUCGCAUCCGCCAGUCGACUUUUGACUCUUUUCCUUCUGUGUGAAAUUUUUUCGACUCAUUACCCUUUAACGAACGUCACAUAAACAUCAUGGCUGCACCCACUCCCACCUUCAAGCUCGUCCUCGUCGGUGACGGUGGUACUGGUAAGACCACCUUCGUCAAGCGUCACCUUACUGGUGAGUUCGAGAAGAAGUACAUCGCAACUCUCGGUGUCGAAGUGCACCCCCUUACUUUCACCACCAACUUGGGUCAAAUCCAGUUUGACGUGUGGGAUACCGCUGGUCAGGAGAAGUUCGGUGGUCUCAGAGAUGGAUACUAUAUCAACGGCCAGUGCGGUGUCAUCAUGUUCGAUGUUACCUCCCGUAUCACCUACAAGAACGUUCCCAACUGGCACCGUGACCUCGUCCGUGUCUGCGAGAACAUCCCCAUCGUGCUCUGUGGUAACAAGGUCGAUGUUAAGGAGCGUAAGGUGAAGGCCAAGACCAUCACCUUCCACCGCAAGAAGAACCUGCAGUACUACGACAUCUCCGCCAAGUCCAACUACAACUUCGAGAAGCCCUUCCUCUGGCUCGCCCGCAAAUUGGUUGGCAACACCAACCUGGAAUUCGUUGCUGCCCCUGCUCUCGCUCCCCCCGAGGUGCAGGUCAACCCCGAGCUCAUGGAGCAGUACCAGCAAGAGAUGAACGCUGCCGCACAAAUGCCUCUCCCCGACGAGGACGACGCAGACCUCUAAGCGUAUUCUCAAUGAAGUCUUUGGGGCUGGACUGCGGUCAGUCCUUCUGGCUGACGGGCCACCCCAACCUGCUGGCUUCGUUUUACAAAGCCUCGAAUUACGAUACAACGAAACCUGUCGGUGGACUGGCCCGGGGACGGCGGCAUGAUUACGCAUUUUCGAUUUUACCACUAGUAGUCUAGACUCUUUAUCUCAAUUUUUUUU